AUGGGUCUCGCAGGUCCCAAGAGGCGCUCCAAGAUCGGCACCGACCCCAACAAUAACAACUGGGCCAAAGCGACUGGUUCCUUCGGCCACAAGAUCCUUGCCUCGCAAGGCUGGAAACCUGGCGACACGCUCGGCGCCAAAGACGCAAACCACGCCUCGCAUUACACCGUCGGCAGCAACUCUCACAUCCGCGUUCUCCUCAAAGACGACAAUCUCGGUCUGGGCGCCGCCAGAGUUGGAAACAAUGCAGAGACUUUCGGUCUGAGUCUGUACUCGGGUCUCCUCGGCAGAUUGAAUGGCAAAUCCGAGGCCGAGGUCGAGAAGCAGCAAACCGCUCAACGAGACGUCGAAUUGGCCCUGUACCAAGGAAGAAAGUUCGGCAACAUCAACUUCAUCAGUGCGGGCUUCCUGGUCGGCGACAAGAUGGACCUCAAGUCAACCGUCAUGCCCGAUCCCAAGCUCGCCUCCAAAUCUCCUGCGCUGGACGCAGCGAACAAGAAGCGAAAGAGAUCAGAUGACGUAGAAGAGGCACCCAAGUUGAAGAAGAUCAAGGAGUCGAAGAAGGACAAGAAAUCCAGAAAGUCAUCUUCCAAGGACACAAGCAGCGAUAGCACAGACGAAUCCAAACUCAAGGACAAACGCAAGAAAGAGAAGAAGGACAAGAAGCGAAAGGCUGCCGAUGCAUCAAGUUCAGAAGACGAGACGCGAGCCGAGAAGAAGGCACGCAAGGCAGAGCGACGCGCAAAGAAGGAGGCAAAGAAAGAAGACAAGAGAAGGAGAAAGGAGGAGAAGAAGGCAGCCAAGUCAGGCACAGCGACCCCUUCGACUGCUCCAGGAACUCCUGCAGAGCCUACACCAGUAGCCGCUUUGUAUGGCAGACAGAACGUCCGCCAACGCUACAUCGCCCAGAAGCGUCUUGCGUUCAUGGACCCGCAAGCCAUGAAAGAGGUUGGUCUAACCAUCAGCUAUCACGUAUGGUCACAACUAACUCUUUCACAGAUCUUCAUGGUCAAGGCAUAG